UUUUAGAAUUCAAUUGCGGCUUCAUUUUCCAUAUUGUUUCAUUCUUCCGUUUGGUUGCUGAGAAAUUUGAGGCAAAGAAAAGAAAAAAGUUCGAAUUUUGUGUCUGUGUGUUUAUUGGUUUCCAACAUGUCAAAAGCUCACCUGAAUUAAACUAAGUAGUUAUUGGAAAUUUGUCUUUUGGGUUUUGAGUAGUGCGAAAUCUGCUAUUGGUUUCUCGUUUCCAACCUAAAUUGAAAAAAUCAAGGUCAGAGGAAUGCACAUCAGUUAGCAGAGUGGGAUUCUGUAGAUAUUGCUUGGAUUUGUCUAUGGUCAGAGGAGUAUGAUUAUGGUUCAGAUUGUAAUCAAUAUGACUAUUAACACGAUCAAGACACUAUUUGGGUCCAAAUGAUCAUAAAGGGAUUAUUCAGGAGAUAUGAAAGAUGGAACCCAGUGCAUCCGACAUCUGGAGCCUUCUGGGGUAUGGGAAUUGGCCUUGGUUGUGGGGUUGGAUGGGGUCCUGGCUUUGGUCCUGAGGUGAUUGGGUAUGUUGGAGCUGGCUGUGGUGUUGGAUUCAGUGUUGGAAUCACUCUGGCUGGUUUUGGCAUUGGUCUUCCUGCAGAUUUCGUCUUUGAAGUUCCUUACAAUGCUUUUAGGGCUACAAGGAGUGGUGCAUUGCAGUUGGCCAGAUCCAGUGGUCUACUUACUUCAAAAUAUGUUGCAGGGGAUGGUUGGAGUAGUAUUGAACCACACAUCUCUGGCCUGCAAAGACAAGCCAGUGGAACAUUUUCUAGCUUCAAGCAUAAACGUUUCUUGGACAACAGGGUAGAUCUGUCUGAUAUGAAGAAUAGAAUUUCUUUACAGACAAGGUCUUUUUUUGAUCAUAUCACAAAGUGCAGCGGUAACUUGCUCCAUCCUCACAAAGGUUUGAAAGAUUAAUGCCAUGGAAGAUUCUCAGCAAUGUUUCCAUGCUGGGUUCUCUCUCUAUUACUUCUGGGAUGUGUAUUUUUCGACCUGCCCCUCUAAUCUAGUUUGCCGGCGAAGGCCUAAAACCUAAAUAGGAUGAUUUUCUUUUCCCUUCAUACAAGGUAAAUAUACUGCAUUUCAUCAUUAUUUGUAUUUAAGUCAAUGUAUAUCAUCAGAUCCCUUGAGCAUGGAAUGUUCUCCAUUUUACAGCAAGUAAGACUGCAUUUGUAAACAA